AAGAGAGUGGUAGGAGGAGGACUUUGAUCCACCAAGUCCCGCCGGUUGCUGAGAUGGCAUUUGACGACUCUUCUUGUGUCAGUUCAAAAUCCAAAAUUUCCACCUCACCAAGUUUUCGUUAUCAUCACAUCAUCAAAUCAAAUGUUCCUUGUAAAUUGUAAUUAAAAAAGAACACCACUGUUCUCACAUAACCUCUCUUCUCUUCUCUUCUCUUUCCCUCUGUAAAACCCUAAUCUUCCUUGCAUUAAAAUUUCUGGGUUGGCUUCUUCAACAUUUUCUUUGAAUAAGUUGAUUGCUACAUACCUCUCUUCAAAAUCAGGUAGCAAGUAUACCAGAAGGGUUUCAUGGCAGGUAAUGGCCUGCCAUCUCUGGGUCGUGUGAAGCUAACUGAUCUCGCUCCUGCUGAAGGCCUUCCAUCAGAUUCAUACAAACUAUCUGUUUCAACUUUGUCACAGUCACUAGCUCAAUAUUCUGCUGCCAUCAUUCAAUUUCCAGUAAGUGAUGGGGCUCUUUUGAGAUCUGGUUUAGAUUCGGCUCGCCUCUACUUCCACCAAAAAGCAUCAUACCCAGCUGCAGAUAUGGUUAAUACCAAUGACCCUCGUGACUGGUGCAAGACUUCCGGUUAUUGUGCAGAUCCUCAAUUAUGGCUAGAAACCUAUGAUUACAGACCUGGACUCACUCCCUUAGAGCCCAACAACACAAUGGAAUUUCCUCCAGCAGGUUUACCAGAUAUAUUUUCACUGCUUGGAAAGGCAGCUCGGGAUAUAUUGGAUGCUAUCAGCUUCUAUUUGAACUUGCGGAGCUCACCAUUUACUAAAGUACUUGAUAAUGUUCCCUUAAGAAAUGGGGAAAUAUCUUCUUCAGUACUGUCUGUCUGCUGUCAUACAAGACCAUCAUUUCAGGGAGCACAACACCAUAAUUUUACGACUCAAGAGGAUGGCCAGUUGGUUAUGUUUUCUGACCAUGAGCAUCAAGUUGACAAAAGCUUGAUAUCUCUUGUCAAGUCAGACAAGGCAGGUCUACACAUAAAGGACUUUCAGGGUCGUUGGGUUCUUGUGGAUGAAGAUCUUGGUCCCCAAGAAGCUAUUGUUUACCCUGGCCUUGCACUCUAUCAGGCAACUGCUGGAUAUGUCAACCCUGCACUGCAAAGAACAGAGACCACUAAUAUUCAGAGCAACUUGUUUGGCCGAUGUUCUUUGGCUUUUAAACUCAUGCCUAAAUCCAUGACCAGUCUCAGUUGUUCAGAGAUGAGAGAUGCUGGUCAUGGGGUUGAAGCUCAGUUCCAGCUGCCAGUUCCGGUCGAUGACUUUAUGCAAAGAUCUCACCCAACCGAUCAACUUUUCAACAGACACAGUUUUCAAAGUUUCAAUUUCCAUGCAACGCAAGAUGGAUCUAUGAAGCCUUUGUUAAGGAGGAGGAAGAAUGAUUCAAGAUCAAAACCUCUGCCACCUUCCAAGAGAUUAAGGCUUGAGGCCCAGAGAGUUCUGAAGGAAAGGGUUCAGGACAUUGCAGACAAGAAGGGAAUCAAGCUGAGGUUCUGCAACCUGAAGGAGUGUGAGAAUCAUAUUCACACACUUGAUAGCCCAUGUGCCAAUAUAAGAAUGGAGAUUGGGUGGCCACAUGGAGUGCCAUUUGUUCAUCCCCAUGAUCUACCCAAUAAGGCAAAGAUUGGUUUCCUUGAAGCAUAUGAACCUGGUUGGACAGCUACUCAUGAAAUGGAGUUAAGUCUAACUGAACCAGGACAGGCCAGUCAACACUCGGUUAAUUGUAAUUGAACUUUAUGGCUUGCCUUCCCUGGCCGACCUUUAGUUCCUGUAAUUUCCAAUACAUGGCCACCAGAAGCAUGUGGUCCUCCUUCACAUGUGAUUCUCAUUGGAUGACAAUCGUUACUCAUACUGCUCAUACUCCAGUUUUCGGUUUUGUAAAUAGGCAUUCUUGAGAAAAGUUUAUGUUCCUUCAUUUCAAUAGUUGACAAAGUGAACAAGAUGGAUCUGGAACCUUCAUCUGCUCUUAUAUCAAUUGUGCUGCACUCUAAAAAGGCAAUGGAAUCAGAGAAGAGCUGAGGAUCAUAUGGAUAGGAGUGGAGGGGGAUUUUGGAAUUUUAUUUGCACCUCCCAUAUCAUGUUGGUUUUGAUGCUGUAAUACUACAGUGUUAUUCGAAUUUCGAAUGCUUUCCAGAGGCAGGAAGUGUGAGUUAUAGAUCAAUAAAGAGAGAAAGCAACUGAAUCUUGCUGUAAAUUUAUCAUGUACUCUUUUUUGUUGUAUACAUACAGCUUCCCUGA